GAAGCCAUGGCUGCCGCCAACCCUUGGGACCCAGCGUCCGCUCAAAGUGCAGCUGGGUUACUGCUGAACCACUUGGUGGCUUCGGGGAUAGUCACUGAGACCUUAGCACCAGACCCCGCAUGACCCCAGCUCCUCAGCAAUCCUGCCAGCCUGGCCAUAUCUCUGGCAGUGGCGGGGUCCCGCGAGUUUCUGUGAGUUCAUCUUGCUUCCACCCAGUGCCUACUCAUUCCAAUUACCCGGAGAUGUUAGAUAUAUCUAAGAAAAUGGUUCCUUGCUUUGUGAACUUUUCCAGAUUACAGCAGAUCUCAGAUAUUCAAGCUGAAAUCUAUCAGAACAAUCUGGAAAUUGAACUUCUGAAGCUAGAAAAGGAUACAGCAGAUCUUAUUCAUCCUUCCUAUUUGGUUGAGAAAUGUGAUGUUCUGCAAAGCAUGAAUAAUCAUCUGGAAGCAGUGCUCAAAGAGAAGCAUGCCAUCAGGCAAAGACUGCUGAGACCCAUGUGCCAGGAGAACUUGCCAUUGGAAGCUGUUUAUCACAGAUAUAUGGUACAUAUGUUGGAUCUGGCUGUGACUUUCAUUGAGAAAUUGGAAACCCAUCUUGAAAUAGUUAGAAAUAUCCCUCAUUUAGAUGCAAACCUAAAGAAAAUGAGCAAAGCUUUAGCCAAGAUGGACAUUUUGAUGAACAAGGCGGAAGAACUGGUAGAGAAUAUACUCAAGUGGCGAGAACUACAAAUGGAAACUUCAUUAUAUAUCCCCAAAAUGCUAACUGAAGAAAGUCAUCUUCAUGAACUUGAUAUAGUGACUCCUUUACCUUUUUUUUCUAAGGCUCACACUGGAACCUCUAAUGCCAAGUGAUGCCAUCUUUACUUUUGGUUAAUUACAUGUAGUCAAAGAAGUCCAUUUCUAGAUUGGUAUGACAGGGAUAUUGAUAGGCUUUGUUGCUAGCAACACUGAAAGAGCCCUCUUAAUAUUGGAAUAGCAGAGCCAGAAAGAUGUCUCAGUAAAGAAAAGCUCCUGCUUUAAGCCUCCCAGCCUGAGUUCAGUCCCUGAGAUCCACAUUAUCAGAAGGGGAUCACUGAUUCCCACAGAUUCCAUCCUAUACUGUCCACACAUGUGUCAUCAUAUCAUCCUAUGCUGUCCACACAUGUGUCAUCAUAUAUAUGUGCCUAUACACACAAAAAUAGAGGAGAGAGAGAGAGAAAGAGAACGGACAUUGGAGUAUAUAUGUUUUCACUUCAUUACAUGUGUUUUCACUCUCUUCAGUGAAGCUUAAAAACGAUCAACUAUGGGGCCUGGUGAGUUGGCUCAGCGGGUGGCCACUUUUCCAGCAGUCCUGAGUUCAGUUCCCAGCAACUACAUGGUGGCUCAUAACCAUCUCUAAGGGGAUCUGAUGCCUUCUUCUGGCUUACAGAUGUAUGUGCAGCAGAGCACUCAAAUUGAAUUAAAAAAAAAACCCAAAUAUUAAAAAAAUGAUUAACUAUAUAUAUGAUAAUUAAUAAAUUAUCAUAUAUAUAUAUAUUAUAAGUGAGUUGAACAUUCUUCAGAUCGAAGAUCUUGUAUUAGGAUUCUGCAUUACAUCUUUUGAAAACAUUUCUGAAUUGGAAUGUUCCUGAAUCUAAAACCGCUGUGAUUAUUCUUGUGAGAUUGAAGAAUAGCUACAUACCAGGACUGUUACCCUUUGAAGACUUCAUAAAGCAGUGGUUCCUUGACUGACUCAUCUAGAAACUUAUGUAAUAAGAGGAUGAGAAGGUGGCUGGAGAGAUGGCUCAGCGGUUAAGAGCACUGACUGCUCUUCUAAAUGUACUGAGUUCAAAUCCCAGCACCCACAUGGCGGCUCACAACCAUCCGUAAUGAGAUCUGAUGCCCUCUUCUGGGUUGUCUGAUGACAGCUACAGUGUACUUUCGUAUAAUAAUAAAUAAAUCUUU